AUGACUCAGGUAUAUAAUAUUUCUAGCUCUCAAUAUGCAAAAGAGGCGUCGAACUAUAUUAAAAUUUUAAAUGAAUUGCGUCGUAUUGGUGCCCAAUUCGCAGUAAAUCUUCCCACAAUCGUUUUUUGUGGAAAUCAAUCUGCGGGUAAAAGUAGCUUACUUGAGGCGAUUUCAGGCGUUAAGUUGCCUAGAUCUGAUGGAACUUGUACUCGCUGUGUGAUGGAACUGAGACUAUCCGAAGUUUCCAAAACAUGGUCAUGCCAAGUUUCUCUUCGCAAAGAAUAUGAUCAACAUGAAAAACGCCUUUCUAAUCCAAUUGAAACUAAAUUUGGUAGCCCGAUUGAUGAUCCGGAUAAAGUUGAACUAAUGGCACGUCGUGCUCAAAAGGCAUUAUUAAAUCCUACGAGAGAAAGCGAUGAAUAUAUUGAUUGGGAUUUUAAAGACCAAACCUAUGAAGAUGAUUCUCAAUUAAAUGGUCUUAAGUUUACGAAAAAUGUCGUGUGCAUGGAAAUUAAAGGUCCUAAUGUCCCAAACUUAAGUUUAAUUGAUUUGCCGGGAAUUAUCCGACAUACUGAAAAAGCCGAAGAUAGGAGAUUUAUCCCAUUGACUGAAGAACUUGUAAAAGAAUAUAUUAAAAAUGAAAAAUCAAUUAUAAUAGCGACGAUUUCAUGUAAGGACGAAAUAGACAACCAAGCAAUCGUAACUCUUGCAAAAGAAGCCGAUCCUUUAGGAAUUCGAACUCUAGGCGUGCUUACAAAACCUGAUAUGAUUGAAGAGGGAACACAUGAUACCUGGUUAAAGAUUAUGAGAGGUGAAGCCAAUCCACUUGAACUCGGGUAUUAUGUCGUAAAGAAUCCAACUAAAGUGCAGCGCAUGGAAAAUAUUGGGUUCGAAGAAGCUAGAUUAGCUGAAAGCGAGUUUUUUGAAAAAGAAGAUCCGUGGAAUAAUUUUCAUUUACAAGAAAGAAUCGGGGUUAAAAAUUUGCAAAAUAAAUUAUCUGAAUUAUUGAUUAAAGCUAUUAAAAGAAGUCUUCCAGACAUCCGAAAAGACGUUGAAGAAAAGUUAGAUGAG